AUGAAUCAGUGGUCUUAUAUAUUCGAGUUGUUCGAGAAAACGAAUCAGUCGUCAAUUAUUCCUUUGCUGUUAGGGAUUCACAAAGUUCGUUUACUUCUAUUGUAUUUAAUAACUAACCAAGCAGUUCCAAUAGACUCCGAGAAAGCUCAUGAACGAGAGGAGCAGACAGAGACCAUGAAUAACAGUAAUAAUAGUAAUGAUAAUGCGAAUUACGAUGGAAAAGCUAAUGAAAGGAUUAUAGCUCUCGCAUUACUACAGCAGGAUUUUCACUAUUGUGACCUCGAAGAUGACGAUAGUCCACAAGAUAUUCAACGUAAAGAGGAGGAAAUAUUUGCAAUGGGAGCAAAGCAUUGCAAACUAUAA